AUGCGCGCACCCACGCCCGGGGAAGCCCGCGCCGUGCUCACGGCCGCGAUCGGUCUCCUCGCCGCCGCGUCGCGAUGUGCGGACGUCGCGACGUCGUCGAGCGACCCUAACGGUUUUUUGCGCUCGCUCUUCACCCUCGACGUCUCCGAUGGGUUCUUGAUCGCGUGCGCGCUGUUUGCGAUCCUCGGGGCGACGCGGAGGUCGUUGGUGGACUCCACGUACGACGCGAUCGGACGCACGUGCGCGAUUUCAACGCUCAUGACGCUCGGGGGGUCGACGACGCGGGCGGGACGAACGCGCGCGCGAGCGCUGAGCGCGAGCGCGUCGGUGGCGUACGCCGACGCGUGGUCGCCCGCGACGCCGAAGAAGGCGUUUAUCUCAGCUUUUGGAUGGGUUCUGUUGUCGCGUGUGCUCAACGGGGCGUUCGUUCCGGAGGCGAUUGCCGUCGCGUGCGCGCGGGCGUGCGCGUGGGGGUUGCACGGAGCGAGCGCGGAGGGCGACACGACGGCGCUCUCCAUCGGGUUCGCCGUCGUCGCCGAGUGGUGCGCGCAGAUUUGGCUCGAUUCACGAGUCGGGGGUACGGCGAAAUACUCGGAGGCGAGCGCGCUGGGUGGGGCGUACGCCCUGGCGGGGUGCGCGUUUCUCCUCGCGAGCGCGCGAUUGGUGUGCUGGGCCGAGCCGGCGUCUCGCGCGACGCAACUCGGUGUCGUCGCCGCCGCGCUGGUGGUUCCGGAGAUGUUCUAUCGCGUCACGUCCUCGUCCAGGCUCGGCAUGGUUCCGGGAUUGAUUCGAUACGUCUUCGCGACGACGAAACCGGACGCGUUGGCGUCCCUGGCGACGCUCUGGUGCACAGGCGUCGCCACGGCGUUGGGCUUGGCGUACAACGCGCGUUCGUUACCGCUCACAAUGCGACGCAAGGCGUUCCAUUUCCUCGCCGUUGUCAUGUUCGCACCGACAUUGGUGCCCGAUAGCGAGCACGGGGAACUUAUUCGCGUGGCUUUCACCGUGGCGUUUGCGUUGUUCGCCGCCUUGGAGUGCGCUCGCGUGUUCGACGCCUACUACGGCCAUGGAUUGUUCGGGUGGAAACUGAGCAUUUUCUUCGCCCAGUUCGUCGGCGACACCGUGGUGUCACUCUUAAUUUUGGAUCACUUCUCUUUGCUUCUCGGUGUGGCGGUUCCGAUUUGGCUGAGCGACGAUCAAAACUCACUCGUUCCGUGGGCGGGCGUCCUCACGCUCGGCGUCGGCGACAGCUUCGCCUCCAUCGUCGGUUCGGCCGUCGGUCGACAUCGCGUGUUCGGCGAAAAGUCGUUCAAGACCUUAGAGGGCGCAAUCGCGUUCGCCGUGAGUACGUACGUCGCCGCUCUUUACGUCGGCGUCGACGUGGACCCGACGAGACUUGCCUUCGCUUGCGUCGGCACGGCUCUGUGCGAGCUAUCCAUCGAGGGCGCGGAUAAUCUCGUGCUCCCACUCGUCUUCACCGCCCUGUUGAGCGCGUGA